ACUUCUCGUUACUUGCUACAUGUGGAAGUCGUUCGCGUGUUAUAAGUGCACAUUUAAAGCGGUAAACUUAUAAUGUGGUAAAGUGCAACAGUAUUCAAAAAGUAUCACGUCAGAUAUGCAGCGCUGUUUGAAUGAUUGCUGUUCGCUGUUGUUACAAAGGUGAAAACGCAACCAACAUCAUAUUUGCAUGCCUCGUACGGUAGUUGUUUAAACUCAAGCUUCUUCUGGCCGAGAGAAAUAACCUUGGACAAUGUCUGAAAGCAGCAGUGAAGAGGAAAACUCUGAAAGAUUGAAAGAGGCCGUGUGGAGCUUUAAGCCGCAGGAUAUCAAAAUCAAUGGGGAAGUUAAAGACAGCAAUGGCAGGCAAAGUUAUAGAGCAGAAGUUUCAAAACAUGAGCAUGAUGGCAAUGAGCUCGGGACAACUCCAGAAUUCAGAUCCCAUGUGGCGAAAAAAUUAGGAGUGAUUUUGGAUGGGUCUAUUUCAGAGGUAUUUUCUGAAACUGAUGCUGUGAAAUCUAGUAACUCUAAAAAGAGAGAGGAGGAAGAGGAUGAAGAAGGUUUCCGUCUCUUCUCCACGUCUGCUUCUGGAAAAUGGAUGGAGCAAUCACCUCCUCCACCUCCUAAAAGGAGACCAAUUCCCAGCUCUAGUGAUAGCGACAGUGAGAUGGAAAUGAGGCUUCGAGAAGCCGCUGUGUCUGUUUCAGACCUGCUCUCCCCUUCAUUACAACCCCUUUCAGAGAAAACGGAAAAGAAAAGUGGAGAGACGGAAGAAGGACCGGAAGAUGAUGACACUAUAGACACAACACCAAAGAAAAUGAAGAAAAAGAAGAAGAAAAGAAAAAAAUCCACAGAGGCAAGUGAAAAAGUGAUUGGUGUUUCUGAUGAAGAAGCAGAUGUUCAGCAAACUGUUGUAGAGGAUUUACCAAAGAAGAAGAAGAAGAAGAAAAAAAAAAGGACAACAUUGGGAGAAGCAAAAAAUGUUGUAUAAAAGACUGAAUAUUCUGUGUUCAAUCAGAAGUUGUUUUACUAGGUUACAUCUUUGAGAUAUUUUCUCAUUUUCGACUGGAUUUUGUUUGAUAAUAAUCAGUAACGAACAAAGAACACUUGCUCUUACCAAAAACAAAAUAUUGCUGUUUUCACGUUACAACCCCGCUAUACUCAAUAAAAUUGAUGUUAUUUUACAAAAAA